ACUACAGAACUUUCUGAAGAGACGCAAGAACUAAGUGCCUGUACCGGCGGUCUGGCCAUCAUUAAAAUGAUGGAACCGUCUGAAGAUGCAGUGGAGCAGCCACACGACAUCCAGUCUCACACUGAGGCCCCACAAAGGGACGGAGCAGCUGUCAGGCUCAGCAAGCAAGAGCAAGGAUCACCAGUCCAUGUCCGCAAAUUGGGGAGGACCAGGAAGCUGAAAGCCUACAAGGAGGAUGAGAACCCUGAGGAGACAGAACGCAGACACAGGGAGCAGGAGCUGAAGCCCCUAUACAGAGAACUGCUGUACACCAUCCUCUACAGAGUGGGCAAACCCAGGCCUCAUCAUGUCUCGGACGAAGCUGACCUCGUCCAGUACAUCAAGCAGGCAUUUUCUAUGACACAGCAUGAACAUAAUCAUCUGCUCCAAAAAGUACAGAGCCUAGAGCCUCCAGUAAACUGCCUUAUGGUCACAGUGAAGGAAGCUAAAGGCAUUCUGGGAAAAGAUGUCAGUGGCUUCAGUGACCCAUAUUGCAUGCUGGCUAUCAUGUACACUGAGGAUGUUGCAUCUGACAACAAGAAAAAAGGGGACACAACCACCCUACACAAGCCCAAGAAAGCUGUGGUGAAAAAUGCAAUCCCAGAUGAGGAGAUCUACCAAACCGAGGUCAAGAAACAGACUCUCAAUCCCAACUGGAACGAGACCUUCAUCCUGGAAGUUGCAGAUCCUGCUAGGGCCAGCUUUCACAUGGAAAUGUGGGACAAAGAUGAAGAUGUGACAUUGGGGCAGAAACUGGAAGAGUUCAGGACCAACUUUCAAGGAUUUAAAAGAAUGCUUAAAGAAGUAAAGAAAGAGAAGGGCCAAGAUGAUUUUCUGGGGAAUGUAGCACUCAGUCUACAGAACCUGCACUACACUGAGGAUGAAUGGUACACACUGGAGCCCAGGACAGAGACUUACCCUGACAGAGGAAAGUGCCAUAUGCAGCUCAAAUUCAUUCACAAAGAAAGAGAUGGAGCACUGAGCGCUGGGAGGAGUGCCUAUGUCAACUACUGUGGGAUACUUCAGCAGUUUGUCCAGUAUGACAUCUCCCAGAAACAGGAUGGCAGUGCCACGUGGAAGGGAGAGCUCAGCAAGGCAGCACAGACACUGCUGGACCUCCAUGCCACUCAAAACGAUCUGUCUCCCUUCUUGCAGGACUUGGCGAAGUGGGUGGCGUACAGCAGGCUCAAUCAGAAGCUGGAGCUGGACCCCACAGUGCUGUUCCAGCAGCUCACCAGCAUUGAGUACCACUGGGGGCAGCAGGAGCUUCCCUUUCUACAGAAACAAGAGCUGGCUGCCUCCCUCCAUGACUUCCUGCAGUAUGGACUGUCGCUUGUCUCCAAAUACCGAGACGUCUUUCUACCGACAGCAACCAAGCGCUUGCACACGCUGCUCAGGGUGAUGGUGCAGAUAUGCAAAACCAAGGCCUUUCAGAAACUUAACCCAUCCACCUUUGAUCUUCAGCAAGAGGUGACAAAAGCUGUUCAGGUGGGUACUCAGGAAUGGUUCACCAUCAAGAAGGGUUUGCACCAGCCAAUGAUGAAGGAUGUUGGAGAGACAAUCAAAGCUCUAGCUGGCCUUGUUAACGAGCUGCAGGAAGAUGUUAAACUCAACAAAGAUGUGUGGAACAAAGUCUUUAUCAGCGCAGUUCAACUUGAUGUCUUUACAGUGAUCUAUGUAGAACAGGACACCUUGAUUGCAGCAGAGAUCGAUUACACGCUAAGCAGUCUGGGAAGUCAAAUCGACCAGCAGCUCGCCAACACACUGUACCCCCUCUACCUGAGCCUCAAGGCCAUCCACAAAGAGAAGGCCUUUCUGCAGAAGAGAGGGAAGCUGCUGGCUCUGACAGAAUUCCAUGUGAGGUUCCGGGAUGCACUGCCUCACUGGCUCAACAAGGCCUACAACACCACACUGGAGAGAGUGCAGAGGGCAGUACAGGUGGAUCAGCUCCAACCCCUACUGGAUGGCUCUGUCCCCAUCAAACACAGUUCCUCAGCAGUGGACUUGGCCGCCUGUCUUCAACCCAUCAGUCAGAUGUGGAAUGAUCUGAGCUGGCCAGAUCCUGAAGAAGCCUUCAUGCUGAUGGUUAAACUGACUGAGGACAUAUGCAAGAUUGCACUGACAUAUUGUAGGAUGGUCAAGCAACGGGCUGAGGAGCUCUCUGACAAGUCAGACCAUAGCCAUGCGGUGAACAAGCUCUGUGUGGUGGUCAACAACAUGGAGCACCUGAGGACCAUCCUGAACAGGCUUCCCGAGCAGCUGAACUGGGCCGGGCUGCGGGAGACCACGAAGCACGUGAUCAGGGAGGAGCAGUUCCACAACACGCUGCCCUCCCAGCUGCAGCACGCGCAGGGCGUGCUGGGCAAGCAGAUCCGCACCGCCGUGGAGACGCUGGGGCAGCAGCUCCGUGCAGACAUUGAGAAACAUAUCCUCAACAUGGCUGCCCAUCGCAGAUAUUCAUCAAGCACAGAAGAUGCUGUUGUGCCCCUGAUGAGGUAUCUGGAGAAAGAGCUGCAUUACAUGAAUGAGAACCUGGUGCAGGAGAACUUCAAUAGCCUCCUGGCUCCUCUGUGGGCCAACUCUGUCAAGAUCAUUGACAAAGUGUCUCAGCAGCAGAAUAGUGUGAUGGAGUUCUACCAGCGUCUACAUUAUACUCUGCAGUGCUUGGAGCAGUGCUUCCAUGCAGAAGGAAACGGCCUGCAUCUUGAAACCCUGCAUACUGCAGAAUACAAGGAACUGAAGGCUCAUCUUACAUUACACUCUUUAAGUACCCAACAGCUCAUAGAGAAAUUCUUGGAGCAGAAGGUCUGGGAGCAGAAGAGUUACACCAAUGAGAAGUAUGGAGCUGUGACGCUGAUAGGAUCCUACAAGAAAUCAGACCAGAGACUUCACAUCGAGGUCCUCAACGCCGUCAACCUUAUCCCCCUUGAUUCCAAUGGCUCCAGUGACCCAUUCGUACAUCUGUCCCUUGAACCCCGGCACCUCUUUCCAGAAGUGGAGGCCAGGAGUACAAAGAUCAAGAAGAGUGACCUCAACCCGCUCUUCGAGGAGGCAUUUGAAUUCCUGGUGUCUGUGGAGCAGUGCCACACCGCAGGGGCUUGCCUUGUAAUCACUGUCCUGGACCACGACACCCUGCGUGCUGAUGACUUUGAGGGAGAGGCUUUCCUGUCACUACGGGCGAUUCCGGGUAUAGGGAGUGCCCAGGACCAGCCAGGCACCCCUCAGAUCCGACUACCGCUCAUGCACCCCAAACCAAAUGUAGACAAGAUCCUGCGCCUGCUCGAGGUGAGGAAGUCAGAGCGAGAUGCCCAGGCCUUCGUGAAGCUACGGAAGCAAAGAGAAAAGAAAUCCAAGGAGGUGUGAGCAGAGACAUUCAACUGAAUGAACUGGACCCUUGAAAAUGGACACUUUGCAUUUUCACUCCCUGACCACUUUAUUAGGGCCUGGGCCCAACUCUCCACCAUUUGACCUGAUGGAUUACAGAACACUGAUUCUGAGAGGACUGAUACCCUGGUGCUGCAGUGACCCAUGGUUUGUUUGGAAGAGAUAUUGCUGUAGGCUUAGGGAAUCUACAGAAGAGGAGUCUUAUUGAUAGUUACUUGCCUGUUCUAAUUAUUUCCCUUGUGUUACAUUCCCGUCACGCUGUAAUUCUUUUAAAUCAAAGGCUUUAUCAUAUCUAAUAACCCAGAUUGUUUUACCCAAGCCCUUACUCUGAUGCCUGUCACAACCAAACCUUCUCUAUACUAACUCAUUUAUCCUGUCUGGGCUGCACCAGCUGUGCACAGUUCCAUUCCUAAGAUAUAUUGUAAAUGCUCCCCCAUACUGUUUGAUACUUGCUAGUUUACAACUAAGCAAUGUUCAAUUUCAGUUGCAAAACACAAACUUAAAACAGAACCUUCCUAUUUCAUUAUGAAAAUUAAUUAUAUCAAAUUGAUGAUGCCUUGAGUGCUGUCAGAAGCCAAUUGCCAGUAUGGUUCUCGGAUUGGGUGUGCUCAGGGACAUUGAUCAAAACUUGCAGGGACACAAAGUCAACUCUUCCCAUUGCAAUGAAAAUCCUAUGAAAAAAAAUAGUGAGGUUUCUUCAAUAUAUGGCACACUCUAAUAUUAUAGUGGUAAAACAUUUUACUGAGGACCAUGGACUAUAACACCCUGGUCCUGAGACUAUAUCAGUUGCCUUUAUGUACAAUAUGCCUGUACCAUGUAAGAAACACUAAUAGGCCAAAAAGUACCUUGAAACUAUGGAUAAUUCCAGAACAUGUGGUUGGAAUAAUCAUCAAAGAGUAGAUUCCUAUGUUAUAACUACCUAAAGGUAAGAUGGAUUUCUGCUCGUCCUGUUAAAAAACCUUUGCUAAAAAAAACCUGUUACUCUUUUCACUUGACUACCACCCUGACCUGCCCUCCACAUACAAGACUCUCAAUAACAAAAGAUCUUUCCAAAAAACACAUUUCCCUCAACUAGGUAAAGCAUUGUAUACUGUUGUCUGAUUUUGAAAAAUAUAACAAUGCCUGUAGUGAAAGUCGUCCAGUUCAAACCCUGUACAAAAUCUCUUCUCUAGCUAUGCUACCUUCAGUGAUCCUCUACGUCUGCAGCAGUACCCAGGUUCCCAAUUCAGCCAAAACAGAGGAGCAACUUACUAUCAAAGCAAUCAUCGAUGUCAGAGAUUUCCAAGAGGACUCGAUCUGCAGGGAUGAAGUAUAUAUCAGCAUGUUCUCUCCAUUCCUGUUGCAGUGGUUGUACUUGGAAAUCCUUGCAAGUUUCAGCUCCACAGAUGGUGCUUCUGAAAGUCUCUUGUACUACAACAACUCCUAGCAGUUUUCAACCAAAGAACCAGAACCCCCACAGGUUGACCUAAUAAAUCAGUCAGGCAAAUUGAAUCCUGUACACCUUCCACUUCAAACAAAAAUGUACUGAGAAAUUAUUAAUAAUGAUUCUUUAAAUGUUUUUUUUCCUGUGUUAAUCAAAUUUCUGCUUUGUUAAGUGGCAGGGUGUGUGCUGUAAGGGUAGCCUAAAGCAGUGAUUUCCAUUUAAUCUCAACUGCAUAAUAUCCCAUUAUGCGGCUGCUGCUACAUUCUUUACUUUGUAUGGCCGCAAGAUCCUUAUUUUUGUGUUUUCCAUCAAAAGCCCAAGGCACUGUUUGUUCUGUCCUCACAAAAAUCUCAGGUUUUCUGAAAGUCAGACCAAAAGAGCAUGACAAGACAAAUUUAGUUGUGCAAAAGGGCAUAAGGAAGAUUACAUGUCAAGUGAAAAAUCCAAUUAAUUUUUUUCAUUAAUACUGCCACACUGUGGGUAAGUAAUGAUACUCUGAUCUCCAGGUUGCUACAGGACAAGAGUACACAAAUAUCAUACGUGACCUCAUAGCAUAGGAGUGGGAUAGUAUGCAGCUGAGAUUAUAAUUCUGGGUAUAUUUUCUGAACUAAACAACUUUUUAAGACAAAGGCUAGAUUUAUGAAAAUAGCUGAAGAUCAUCCUUCACUUAUUAUUUUCUCAGUUGUAAUACAGUUGCUACUGUAUAUUUGUUCAUGCAGUGAAGUAUUUGUUUUCUCAGAAGUGUUACAGCCAUGCAAGUGAGCCACCCACCAAGACUCAUGGAUACUGUACAUGUCUGCUGAAGUACGGAGAAGUCUUGUUCAUUUAUUCCUCCGCAUUGUACACAAGAACACAAGAUCUCUUACACCUCUAAAGAUUAUCUUUGGAGUUUAUUGUUGAAUUUUAAAUAAUUAUAUGCCUCACACAGUGGAUCCCAACCCCAUUUUUAACUGGUAAUGAAAUGCAUUGAUAACAAAAAUCAGGAUGAUGUAUCUCCACAAUAAAUUACUGCUCUACACAAGCUAUGAUAUUUUAACUGAAGUUCAGAAGGAAUGACGACAACCAGGUCUCUUUCAUGCCUGCUGUUGUAAAUAAUAAUCUUUCCUAGCGUAAUUUCCUGAGGCUAUAUAUAUAUAUUAAGUAAAUCUUAUUUUUCAUAUUCCUCCUCCAACUGAUCUCCACUUUUGGAGUUCCCCUGAACAGCCUAUUUGUCCUUUGGUCAGGGGGCUGACCCUUAGCUAAGCAGCUUGAACCAAAAAUCUCAACAACUAAAUAACCAAAUUAAAAAUUCACAAAGGCAUCUAAUUCUUGGAUGUCAUUAUUUCUUGUGUGAAAAGGUUGCUAAGGUGAGGUCUCAAAGGUGUCCCACCAAGAAAAUGUUUGCACCGCAGCACUACAGACAUGUUUCGUUCGUAAGGCUUGGAUUUUCUGUGCUCACUAGAGUUCUGUUAGAAAUACACAAGCAUUGGCAAUAUCUCUUCACUGCAGCAGGGUCUUGAGGGGAUACAAUUGUAAAAGCUGUAAAUUGGUUUAAGUAGCAGAGCCUACUGUAACAUGUAAAUAAAAGCAAUGACAGAUAAACUACAUUUGAAGUCAGGCAUCAUGUCUGAGAAGCUGAGACAGUAAUAUUUCUAGUAAUUGGUAGGGUUGUGUUUAUUUUCAAAUUUGCAAAUAAAAAAAAAUGGUUGUUCACUCUUAAA